UCAGAGAAAAAGAAAAAACAAGUUUGAAGUUACGCAGCAUCGUCAUCGGUGACAAAAUGUGUUUCCACUGUAAAUCCAGUGGUGUUUUAGUAUUAAUUGCAUAAGUCUUUGGGUUGUUUCAACUGUAUCCAUGUUCAUACGAAUCAUACCCACUAUUAUUCUAAUAUUAUAGGAGGCCUUCCUUCUGCUUAUACUUCUUCUUUUAGACCAGAGAAGAAGAAGAAGAAACAAACCAUAAACCAAACAAUUCCAACUUCUCCUCCUUCACAAGGUAAAUUUAUGGUGCAAAUUUAGCAGUAUUUGUCAAUAACUAUACACAAAAUAGUAGUAUACACAAUGGGAGAUUCUAAUGGAGGUGUUUUCAAUUCUCCAAUGCUGAAAAGCUUGGUUCAGAAUUACAUGUCGAUUUUCAAUGGCAAUGAGUCGAUUGGUAUUGCUGUUGCAUUUACAAUUGGUCUUCUUAUACCUUUGUUACUCAUCGGGAUAAAAAGAACUAAACAAAGGGGAGUGCCAGUACAAGUUGGUGGGGAGACGGGUUUCGCGAUUCGUAACCAUAGAUCUAAGACAUUGAUUGAAGUUCCUUGGGAAGGAGCUACUACUAUGGCAGCUCUUUUUGAGCAGUCUUGUAAGAAGAAUGCACACGAACGGUGUCUUGGUACAAGAGAGGUUAUUAGUAGGGAAGUAGUUACAGGUGGUGAUGGGAGGAAAUUUGAGAAGUUACACCUGGGAGAAUAUGUAUGGGAAACAUACGAAGGAGCUUUUAAGAGAGCUAGCAACUUUGCAUCUGGUUUGGUAAAGUUGGGUCAUAGUGCAGAUAGUCGUGCUGCUAUUUUUGCUGAUUCCAGGGCAGAGUGGUUACUUGCCUUUCAGGGAUGCUUCAGGCAGAAUAUUACGGUUGUGACUAUCUAUGCUUCGCUAGGUGAGGAGGCUCUUAUUCAUUCCCUUAAUGAGACACAAGUAACAACCUUGAUCUGUGAUCCAAAGCAAUUGAAGAAAUUGGCUGCAAUUAGCUCUAGCCUGGAAUUCAUUAAGCACAUCAUUUAUUUUGAAGAUGAUGACACCACAGUUGAUUCAUCUUUCGACAACUUUACACUUACAUCUUUUUCUGAAGUGGAGAAGCUAGGAAAAGAAAAUCCUGCUCAUCCCAGACUACCUUCAAAAACUGAUACUGCUGUCAUCAUGUAUACAAGUGGUAGUACAGGGUUACCGAAGGGAGUCAUGAUGACUCAUGGCAACAUUGUAUCAACAGCAGCAGCAGUCAUGACAGUUAUACCAGAAAUAGGCCGCAAAGAUGUUUACUUGGCGUAUUUACCCUUGGCUCAUGUUUUUGAGCUGGAAGCCGAGACUGUGAUGUUGACAGCAGGUGCUGCCAUUGGUUAUGGUUCAGCUCUGACCCUAACCGACACCUCGAAUAAAAUCAAGAAAGGAACCCUGGGAGAUGCCUCUGCAUUGAAGCCCACCCUUAUGGCAGCAGUUCCAGCUAUUUUAGAUCGUGUUCGAGACGGAGUGUUGAAAAAGGUCAAUGAGAAGGGUGGAUUAACCAAAAAACUUUUCAACCUCGGAUACAAACGUCGAUUGUCUGCUAUAGAAGGAAGCUUGUUUGGGGCUUGGGGACUGGAAAAGACUUUUCUGGAUGUCAUUGUUUUCAAAAAGAUAAGAUCUAUUCUUGGAGGCCGUAUGAGAUUUAUGCUUUGUGGUGGAGCUCCUUUGUCCAGAGACACACAACGGUUCAUGAAUGUCUGCCUAGGGAUUCCUAUAGGUCAAGGAUAUGGAUUGACUGAAACAUGUGCUGGAGCAGCUUUUUCUGAGGCGGAUGACACCACUGUGGGUCGUACUGGUCCACCUCUUCCGUGUGGCUACAUUAAGCUCGUCUCUUGGGAAGAAGGUGGAUACCUGAUCACUGAUAAACCAAUGCCCAGAGGUGAAGUUGUAGUAGGAGGACACAGCAUAACUUUGGGUUAUUUUAAAAAUGAGGAGAAAACUAACGAGGUGUACAAAGUUGAUGAAAAGGGAAUGCGAUGGUUCUACACUGGUGAUAUAGGACAAUUUCACCCGGACGGAUGCCUGGAAAUUAUUGACAGGAAAAAAGAUAUAGUUAAACUUCAACAUGGGGAGUACAUAUCUCUUGGAAAGGUUGAAGCAGCCUUGGCCUCAUGUAAUUAUGUGGAUAGUGUCAUGGUCCAUGCAGACCCAUUCCACAGCUUCUGUGUAGCAUUGGUGGUUCCUUCGCAGCAUGCACUUGAGGGUUGGGCUCAUGGAGCUGGAAUCGAGUACCACGAUUUUUCAGAUCUGUGCAAGAAAGAGGAAGCAGUCCGUGAAGUCCAACAAUCUCUUCUCAAGGUUGCGAAGGCUGCAAAACUUGACAAAUUUGAAUCUCCUGCAAAGAUUAAGUUGUUACCGGAUCCAUGGACACCAGAGUCUGGAUUAGUGACGGCUGCCCUCAAGUUGAAAAGGGAACAGAUAAAAUCCAAGUUUAAAGAUGAUCUCAACAAGUUAUAUCAGUGAUUAAAGAAGAUAAGAAGACAAAAAUUGAUUUCUAGUAUCACUAGUGUAUUGCUGGUUUCCGUUCUUUGCAUUUUCUUAAAGGUUGUCUUUAUGAGUUUAAAUCAAUCACGAUUGGAUUUUGACUACAUAUAUAAUCUCUUAAGCUUGCAACUUAAUGCAAAAUUCCUCUUUUUGUUUUUGUUUUUGUUUUUGAUAAAUUGAUAAAAAAAAGCAUUGAAGUUUUA